AUGCAUACCGACAUGCGCUUGAAGUACACCCGGUCCAAAGGAAACGGUAGAUUGAUUCUGGCUAGGUCAAGCGGCCAUAUCGUCGACGUCACUCUCGACGGCCAGGACCUUCUUGGACCCUUAGAUGGUAACCGAGGAAAAGGUCCUUACCUCGAUUGCUCAUGCACUCCCUCGGGCUUUUGGACGCCGGGCGGAACGGCCGAGCUGCGACUCGUGAACGGCACGGACUCCUCCGGCACACCCUACGGGGGCCUCAUCAUGUCCGAUAGAUUCGCACAAACGAAUCAGACCCUCUCGCAGUACUUCUUUCUCCGGGGCGAGGAAACAGGUCUUCACGCGUUUUCCCGUCUCACUUACUUCAAUACUACCCUACCUCGCUUGCGAGAUCUGGGCGAGCUCAGAACUCUCUUCAGACCAAACACACCCCUUUGGACUCAUUUCUCAACAAGCGACGGCAACUUGGGUCCUCUGCCUCUUGCAGACACCUUUUCCAAGGCUUUGACAGUCCAGGAUGCCACGACGUACGUGGGAGAUGUCACUAGUGAUCCGUACACACAGCAGUACUCGGACUACUUCACAAAGUACACCCUGUCCGAGUCAUGGCGCAAUCACGACGUUCAUGGGCAAUUCAGCGACGGCUCGACCAGCGUCGAUGGAAGUACCUUUGGUGCUUGGCUUGUCCAUAACACAAGGGAAACCUACUAUGGCGGUCCUCUUCAUUCGGAUCUGGUUGUUGAUGGCAUUGUCUAUAAUUACAUGGUUUCAGGUCAUCAUGGCGCCCCUAUGCCAAACAUCACCCAUGGGUUUGAUCGCACAUUCGGUCCUCAGUUCUACUACUUCAACAAGGGACCAGCGGGAGGCACAAUCGAGGAACUAAGAGCUGACGCUGCUCGGCACGCGGACCCAGAGUGGAAUGCAGGCUUCUACGACAGUAUUUCUCAAUUCAUCCCGAACUAUGUCCCAUCUUCUCGUCGGGUAACGUUUGAAGGCAAGGUUGAUCUACCUGAGGGGGCUAGGCGACCCAUUAUAGUCUUGUCUGAGAACAAGCAAGAUUUCCAACUCAACGUUUUUAACUACAAAUCUCUACAGUAUUGGGCGGAGAUCAAUGGGUGCGGAAAGUUCAAGAUUCCCCGUGUGGCAGAUGGGACUUACAGAGUUACGAUUUACGCGGAUGGGAUAUUCGGAUGGUACAUCCAAAACGACGUCGAGAUAUCACAAACGUCCAGCCGCCAAAGUCAAUGGAACUUCAAGUGGACUGAGGAAAGUGCCGGGAAAGAAAUUUGGCGCAUAGGUGUCCCCGAUAAGUCGGCGGGUGAAUACCUUCACGGAUAUGCGCCUGACGUCUCCAAGCCUUUACAGCCCGAACAGUAUCGGGUUUAUUGGGGCAAGUACGAUUUUCAGCAAGACUUUCCCGAAGGCGUACAAUUCCGUGUGGGAAAUAGUCAGGAGGCAGAAGAUCUCAACUACAUCCACUGGUCGUUUUUCCCUGCAAAAGGGAACCACCUGCGGGCAGAAAACCACUACGCCAACGUCAACAACUGGACCAUCAUCUUUGACCUCGACAAGAAUCAGUUGAGUCAAAGUCAAACGGGAACAUUUACGGUGCAGAUUGCGGGCACCAAAACCGCUAACGGUAACGCCAAAUGGACGGUUUCCGGACACCCCUACAGCAAUCUGCCUUGGACUAUGGCAGUCAACGGGGCCUACGAGUCGACAUGGGAGAUUCCAUACUGGCGCAGCGGGUCAUGUGGCGUCAGGAGCGCCGUCGCGUGCCAGAACAUCCAGAACAAGUUCAGCUUUCCGUCAUCCGUGCUGAGAGAAGGCCGGAAUGAGGUUGUUUUGAGUUUGCCGUUCAAUGCCAGCAGUAUAGAGACGGCUCUUUUGCCGGAUGCCCUCUACGUUCAGUAUGAUGCACUCAGGCUUGAGUUGGCAUAA